UCAGCUUUAGGCUACAGGUUUUUUAACCGACAUCCCAUAAAGACAGCUUUGGACCUUGGUAAGAAGAUGGGAUAUCAAACGGAAGACCCAAACGAGCUACUGCGAAAACUGAAAGAAGCUGAUGUAUUUGAUAUAGUCGCUGCUCAAGGAGACAAGACAAACAAGCGGAAUGGGUUCAGAACAUUCGCGCCGUUCACUCCGGUGGCAGAGACACCGUCCCCACACGCGGUCAUCACACAACAUCCGCUAGAAAUUGUCAAACAGGGGAUCCCACAAGCAGUACCCAUCAUAGCAGGUAUUACCACGCAUGAAGGUAUUAAAAUGCUACCGCAUAUACGAAGAAACCCAACACUGGCUCUACACCUAAACGAAAACUUUGAAUUGUGCAUUCCAUCCGAUAUAGAAUAUCCAUAUGGAUCCCGUGAGUCUCAAGAUUUGGCAAACUCUAUAAAACAGUUUUACUUCAACAAUGAAACCAUAUCUAAUACCACGUUGUUGAACUUCGUCAACUUGGUGACAGACACACAAGUCACCUUCCCUACCGAUAGGUGGAUUGAGAUGUAUAAGAACAUGGCCAAUAGCAAUAGGGUAUACUACUUCGUGUUUGACUUCGAUGGAGACUUGAACUGGUACAAGCUGUUUUCAAAGAUCCAGUUCCCAGGGGCGUCCCACGCAGACCCUUUGGGGUACAUGUUUGUGACAAACAUCACCAGGCCACUGCUGACCUCUGCCGGAGCAGACAGCAAGAAAACCAUAAAGGUUAUGGUACAGUUGUGGUCUAAUUUUAUUAAAUACGGAAAUCCAACUCAACUUACUUCGCUGACAUGCAAUAUUCGGGAAGAAUGGUCUGAUUGUGGAACGCAGCGCAACUACUUGGCUCUCAACAACCGUCCCUACAUGGUGCCGGGACCACCUUUAAGGAGAAGACUGCACUUCUGGCGACAAGUGUACGCGCAAUAUGAAAGCUACGUGGCUAGGGGAGGUAGACUGGAAGCAAAGACACCUUAACGCCUUUUAUGUUAACCCUUUUAACCGCCCGACGGUUGUUAAGCAUAAUGUGAACGUAGGACUAUGAAUGCUUUAACAAAUAUAUUUUUUACAAUUUGAACUU